AUGCAUCCAAUGGCUUCCAGUUCAAAUGCCCCACAUGUUGGUCAUGCAGCCGAGCCUCUACCAGAGCCCGGUACGUAUGAGGACAGGAUUCCACAGUUCACCAAUGAGACCAUGCCACCUAUCAAUGCAGAAUGGUCUCCAGAAGCUCUCAUAGUAUGGCUGUAUGACAGGUGCUCAGGACGUCUCAGUGCAAUCCAUGGUGCUCAAAGGGCCUUUGACUUUGGCUCCAAUUUGAUGCGAGCUUUGCAGGUGAGAACGUAUCCACCGGAGAGCAGCAUUCAUGUGGAUACGGUUGCGCGACAGCUUGCAGAAAGUUUCAACUCCAUGGAUGAUGGAGAGAGUUCUGAAGAGUUGGAGGAUGCAGAACAACGAAGAGAACGCUACAUCCAUAGCUUUAUGAGCGAAGUUUCAGAUCCCGAGUACUGGAUGGACAUCCAUCAUGGAGAUGCUGAGGUGGAAGGAUCAGAUGCUGGUUGA